ACACUAAAAAACCCAGACUCCUGAUUUCUGUUGGAUCUACUGAGUUAGAAUCUUUGUGGGUAGGGGAAGAGGACUUAAGAGUCUAUGUAUUUAACAAGAUGUUUUUGACAUUCUAAAGAAUUACAGUUCAUUGCCUUGUACCGGUUUUAGAAGAAAGGUACUAAUCUCUUAAAUUAGGAAUGCGGGGGACCUGCUGAAAGUGAGACCAAAGUUACGUUUGGGGACUUAAACGAGUAUGCAGAAUACUUGCUCUCAGGAACAUGGUGUUCAGAUUCUGUAAAUCCAAAUGUCAUAAAAACUUUAAAAAGAAGCGCAAUCCUCGCAAGGUCAGGUGGACUAAGGCAUUCCGGAAAGCAGCUGGUAAAGAGCUUACAGUGGAUAAUUCAUUUGAAUUUGAAAAACGUAGAAAUGAACCUGUCAAAUACCAGCGAGAGCUGUGGAAUAAAACUAUUGAUGCAAUGAAAAGAGUUGAAGAGAUCAAACAGAAACGUCAAGCUAAAUUUAUUAUGAACAGAUUGAAGAAAAACAAAGAGCUACAGAAAGUUCAGGACAUCAAAGAAGUCAAGCAAAACAUUCAUCUUAUCCGGGCCCCUCUUGCAGGCAAAGGAAAACAGCUGGAAGAAAAAAUGGUACAGCAGUUACAACAGGAUGUGGACAUGGAAGACGUUUCUUAAAAAUCAACCUCGUCCCCAUUUCUAUGCGUACAUGUGAAAAUCUCCUUUGGAGACUUAGAACUUCUAAAUUAUUGAUGUUUUUUCUUUUACAUAAGGUCAUUCAGAUGAAAGGUGAUUAAAAAUACAUCUCUCCUACAUUGCUGUCUCCAAAACAUGAGAUAUUAUGGAUGCCAGAUUCCAUCUCAGUGUUAAAUCUUCACUGAUAGACGUGCUUAUGUAAAUCAUGGAAACUUGAUAAAUACUGAAGUGCAUUGUGAGCAUAAAAUGGUUGUGCCUUUUGGAUAUAGAACGAGGCAGCAUUUAUGUAAUAGCUAAUGAUAAAAGUGCAUGGCUGGUGAUAUAAAACCAAAUGUUCUUUUUAAUAUUAAUAUAUCACCUUUAUUAAUGUUGUAGAAAGGGGGAUACUGCAAGGAACUUAGGAUUUCUGUGACAGUUUCUAGUAUGUUUUGUUUUGAUUUCGGUGUUUCUUGUUUUCGUUUGUUAGCAUCUUAGAAGAACAUAAUGGCCUUAUGUAACAAAGCCUAGUAUGCUGGACUGUCUUGACCUGAUUUAACUGUUCUGAGAGGCGCUUGGAUGUUGAGGACGAGAGUGGAAUAAUCUUUGCCUGUAAUGGCUGGACUGUAUAAUUUCCACUCUGACAGUACUCACUUGUAACUUGUGAUCCCUGGUAUUCCAGAUAACCUUUAUGUUUCUAGCCAGCUAUGAUUUAGAAACAGGAAUUACAGUGUCUUUUAAAAUUUUUGGUGUGGUUUUCAUUUUUCAAAAAAAUAACAAACCUAAACCUCCAAAUUGUUUUGGGAAAAGAGAAUUUAUGGGUAGAAACCGGUCCAUUAUUUGCACAUGAAAUAAAACCAUUUUUAAAGUA